AUGGGGACUUUGGCGGUAUACCUUCGACAGUGGCGUCUAAAGCUGAGCGAAGGCAAAACAGUGUCAACAGCAUUCCAUCCAAACAACAAGGAAGCUAAGCGAAAGCUAGCUGUCUUUGUUAACAACAGGCGCGUGGACGUCCAACAAACACCCACUUACCUCGGCAUAAAGCUGGACAGGUCGCUUACAUUUUGUCAACACCUGGCUGUUCUCCGUGACAAGGGAGAUGAGACUAUUGAUGUGCAGAAGAACGCGUGUAUUAUGAUUGAAGAACUUGAAUGUCUCCCACAGUCUUCUAAAUAUGACCUCUUUAAUCAAGGUGAUGUGCCCAGUCAGUCAUUAAAAGGUCCCAAACACAAAAGAUGCCAAGCAAGGAGACAGCAAAAGGAACACAGCAGCGAAGUUUGUAAAGUGGGUGAUAUGAAUAAUAGAAACUGGAAGAACACAGAAAUCAAAUCAACCAUUGAAUCUUUUCAGGGUAGCCUAACAAAUGGAUAUAGCAAAGUAAAUUCUUCAGAAGAAUUAUUAAAAUGUUUCAAAAAAAGUGAUGUCAAGAGCAAAUCUGUGGCUACAGAGAUUACAGCAGAAAAUGGAUUAUCCAGCGGCUAUAGUAAAAUAUUGCUGGAAAAUGGACCAUCAGAGUUGUCCAGAGUAAUUCAGAAAAGAAUAAGGAAUCUUAAAGCUCUUGAUAAUAGGUCUUUGGAGUCUGAUACUAUAUCCGGUGAUGUUGAAAAGGCUGGUAAGUGUAAAAUUUCCGAAGUUCCUUCUAAAACAGGAUCUUUAGAAUUAUCUUGGCCUACCAAACAUUUUGCUUGGCAAUCUACCUGCCACAAAACUACAGCUGGGAGCAAAGAGAAUUCAACAGAUAUGACAAGAAUUUCUAAAGAACGGGAGAUAACUAUAUUAUCUGAUGUUAGGGCAGUGGAACCAACUGCUGUCUUUGAACCUGUUAAUGCCUUUAUAUUUGAUGAGCCUAAAGGACGCUCUGAAAGCUGGGAGCAAAAGGUGAGUGAGCUUACACACCUUAAAACUUGUAUUUCACAAUUUGCUUGUGCCAGAACAACUCCCAUUUCUCUGAAUACGUGUGCAAGAAUUAGGCCGUUUGGGAGAUCAAAGCUUUGCACAAAGUUUUGGUUUUGUUCAGCAUGGUUUUGCAAACAAGGAGAAAUGGGUGAACAGCAUUAUGAUGCACCAAAUCUCAAGGCAAAAUCACGAGCAGAAUCUUAUCAAGGAUUACACUGCAAAGCUGCCAGUAAUUUUGAAAGCAAUCAAGGAUAUUUGAAAUUGUUUGAGAAUGUUGUUUAUCUAUUUGCCAUGUUAUCCUUGGAUGUUCCGGAACUAAAGCAAGUUAACAAAAAUAUUUCACAAGAAAAAGCAAUAUUAAAAAAUGAUUGCAGUUGUGCAUCUUUUGAACAGGAUCAGGGUACUCGUGUACAGCCACCAGAGCACUUCUCUGUGGUAAUAGAACAUAGUAGAGUGCAAAAAGAUACACAUGAUAAUGCGGAAACAUUUGCAGCAGUUGAUGUACCAAAUUCCUCCAAAAUGACACAUGAUAUCAUUGAACAAAUAAAAUGUCCAAUCAGGAAAAGUGAAUGGAAUUUGAUAAAUAUAUCUGCUCAUCUUGCUGAAACCAUAGAAUUGAUGAAAAGACCAGAAGUCCACAUUCCUUUGUGCAAUGCUACAGAUGGACACAAAACCUUAAACUGCCAAGAGCACCAGAUAGUUUGGGAUAAAACUACUUCAAGCAAAGGAUGUUUGGAGCAAAUAAAUGAUGUACAGCCGAUGGUGAACCUUGUUUAUCAGAAUGAAUCUGCAGUAUUGAGAUGUCAGUUAGAUAUCCAGUGUCACCAUGAACCCAAUAAACAAACUGAAAGUGAAGGAUUUGAUGCAGAUUGUCCUAUAUUAACUCCAGAAAACAUUCAGAACAAAUCAGAAAAAGUGGGAGAAAACUAUCCUUCUUUAUUUGUAUCUCUGUGUCCAGCCAAUAAUGACAAUAUUGAAAACCUCUUGAAUUCUCCCUGGAAGGAAAUUGCUCAAGGCACUUCACUGGAAAACCAUCAAGAGCUUCCAUCUUCAAGGGAGCCUUUUAUUAUAAAACAAGCAAGAGAAGACAAUGAAUUCAGCUGCUGUAAAGAGAAACAUUUUGUUCAGGAGAUACCUGAUAUCAUAAGGGCCUACAAGGAAGAUGCUCUUGUGCUUGAUGUGAUUGAAGAUGACCCAGAUCUAUUUGGCAGUUCAAGCAGUAUCUCUGAGGUGGUUCAAGAAGAGGCAAAUUGUAUAGAAAUUGAGGUAGAAUCUGUAGAUGAUAAACUUGCAAAUGAGCACACCUACAUGCAGCGGGAGGAUUCGGAUGACAGGAUCACCAGUGCCUAUUCUUAUGUGACCAAGGAUGAUACUUGUGAAAACCUGUCAAAUUGUACCAAUCUACAAGAUGAAUUAAAGACUCAACGCAGAAUACCUUUGAAUGAAAAACAUGACUUGGAAGAAGACUCUCAAGUGGAGAAGUUGGUGACUGAAGAAGAGUUAAUAGAAACUGGAGCCAAUGUGUACCAGGUUGUUUCAAGUUCUGCAUUGGUUUUUGAAGCAGCCGAAUUGCAGGAUGGCAGAGGAACUGAAACAAGUGCCAGCUGCUUCGAGGAUCAUUAUGCAUGCAGACCGACACUGGAAAAUGAUUUUUCUCUGACAUUUUGUUCAGACACUUCAUUUGUAAAGUCAGCAUUGACAAAUGGUUACCGACCCAUCCGACUGGAUUUGCACCAUGGUGAAGAAGAAAUCCAAAUCUGUAUCAACCCCAGAGACCUGAACACAGUGAUCAAACACCUGCACUGCCCGAUGCACACAGUGGAGGAAGUUGCUGCCCAGCUCGGCAGUGCCUCUGUAUUUUCUGUUCUGGGUGCCAAAAGCUUGUUCUGGCAGAUCCUGCUGGACCCCGACUCGUCCAAUCUCACCACGUUCGGCACCCCGUUUGGCCAUUACAAAUUUCUGCAGAUGCCCUCUGCCAGCGAGGUAUUCCAACAUACAAUGGAACAAUUAUUUACAGGGUAUCCUUGCGCCAUCAUUGUCAACGAUAUUCUCGUUGCUGGACGCGACAUGGUUGAACAUGAUGCCACCUUGAGUAAAAUACUGGACCGUGCUAAAGACAUCCAUCUCAAGCUCAACCCUCUGAAGUGUAGAUUUCGCAUCAAGGAGGUCCAUUAUGUCGGACAUGUUUUCACCAGUGAUGGUCUCAAACCGGACCCUCCAAAACCAUUGCUAUCAACGAGAUGCCAGUUCCCACUGUCGUUACAACUUGUAGAAGCAGGACUUAAGUUUCAUUUGGAUCAGUUUACCUACAUAACACAUCUGCUGAAUCAACUGCAAGCAUCUCAUCAAGAAAUACAUUUAAUCAUGGCACUUAAAUCCAGGCUACUUAUUCAUCAAACUGAAGAAGCAGCAGUGUUUGACUUGAAUUUAGCAAAAGAUGAAAUAGAGACUAUAAUUGAAUUUUGUAUACAUUGUUUUAUUGAGCAGGGAAGAAAGGUUUUGGACCUUCUACAAGAAAUUCAAGUGAAUUUUACAAUAUUGAAAGGUCUUGUCAGUGAGUGGACUACAUCGAGAUGCCAGAUCAUUAAUAUCGCUGGAGAGAUCUAUCUUAAAACAGGAUAUAUGAAUAGAGCACUUUGGUUGCUAAGAGGUAUUUGCUAUUUAAAGAAGCGUUCUAUUGGAGUGAUAUUCCUCAUCUUCCUCAAAUCUAACUGGAUAACCAGUUCCCCAGCAUGGCCCAGUGACAAUUUGGAUGUUCUUAAUCGACACAACUUUCUGUUUAGCCUUGCUGAUGAAACUUUGAAAAAUAACAUGUACUCUGAAACGUUGGAGGUUCUGCAGCAUUUACCUGGGCUCCAAAAAACAAAUGGUACCUUUGAUGUAACCUCAUAUGCUGGAAUUUUCAAUAAUCUCCUGGAUCAGUGCAUCCAAACUAAUUGUCUCGGUGUAUCAUCUGACACAGUAGAGUUCAUGAGGUCAAUGAACAUUCCUGUUAAUCUUUUGCCUGUAAGAAACUUAAUUACAGCUCUGGGCAGGUCCAAUCUGUGGCUGAAAGCAAGAAAUCAGUACAAGAAAGCUUUAUCCAAUGGUUGCUACCCACCAAUUGAGGAGAACCUGUACCGUAAACUGCUCCCUAUUCCUUGCUUCUUGUCAGAAGUGGAAAUGAUGUUGGCAACUGAAAUGUUUCUAGUAACAAAUGCAAGCAACAUUCAGAGUCCCAGCGUCUCCAAGCAAUCUCUACAGAUUGUGCUGAGAAGGUAUGAAGACGAAAGUUUAUUCGCAAAUGGAGGUUAUGACGCAGCAGUGGACAGAUUACUGGCAGCUGUUCGAAUUUCGGAACCAAAGCUUCAGAUAAAACAUACAACCGUUAACAUUGCAAACGAAGAGAUCUUCAGUUUGGAACACUCUUCUGCCCUGAGGUGGCUUGAGCAGAACAUGAAGUGGGCAGGCAAGGUUUGGCUCUUUGGCUACUGAUGUCAAGUAUUAUUUCACCUUA